GAAGUACUCACAGAUGCAGAACCAGGAUCCCCUCCAAAGCCUGCCACUCACUUUGUUGACAAGAAUAUUACUCAGCUGAAAAAAACCAAUAUUGACCCAUCCAGGCGGCACCUGUAUCUCCAAGUGCUUGGUGGGAAGGCCUUUCUGGAGCACCUCCAGGAGCCAGAGCCUUUACCUGGUCAGGUGUGUUCUACGUUUACAGUCUACUUGCAUUUCCGUAACCAGAGGUUCCGCUCGAAGCCAGUGCCCUGUGCCUGCGAGCCGGACCUGAGGGAGGGCUUCCUCUUAGAGAUCCACAGAGAGGGCACAGGUGAAGGCAGCACAAUGGCGGACGGGACCACCAUGUUGUCUUUGUGUGACCCGGUUCAUUUGGUGCUGAUCAAGACGGACACCUCCAGUGAGACAAUGCUGGUCUCCUCCUACUUCCUGGACUGGAGGGUUGUCCUCUGCUCGCCCAAUGGGAAGACCUGCUUUGCUGUGGAGCUGAUGGGAGUCGGAAGUGAAUGUAAAGUCCCAGCUGGAGUUCUGACUGUGGGUCUGGAGCUGUACCCCCCUCUCACUGAUACUCUGAGCGCUGACAUCAUCAGCACACAGCAAUCACUGGAGAGGCAGAGGACAGCAGAGAAGGAGAGACUGUUCUUAGUUUAUGCCAAACAGUGGUGGAGGGAAUUCCUGCAGAUACGCCCCUCACACCAAUCCAAAAUGGUCAAGAUUUUUGCACAGGAUGAGAACGCCGUCAACAGACCAGUGUGUUCUUACGUGCAUAUCCUGCGGGCGGGGCGCCUGCUGGAAAGCCCCCGACAGGCGGCCCGCUUCGUCAGCCUGCUGGCCCACGAGAAGGCCCCGGUGGUGGGAGUGGGGGACAAGCAGGAGCAGUGGUGCACAUUAAUGGCUUUCCUGUGUAGAGGCAAG